ACAAUAGUGUGUUUUUGACGCUUCACUUCUGGUCUCUUCUGCGUGUUGCUGCCACGAGAUGAUGACGAUGAGAGGCAGCGUCGUCUGCUGCUGCUGCCGAGGCGGCGGCAGUGGCGUAGGCACAGCCCUCCCUACGCCCUCCCUCUUCGUCCCAUCCGCAUCCCCGAGAAGCCCCUCCCUACGCCGCGCCCAAUCCAUCUCCGUCUCCACCGCCGACCCGGAGGUCCGCGACGAGGCCUCCACUGCGCCUCUCACCCGCCGCCGCCGCCUCAUCCUCCUCCGUCACGCCGAUAGCAGGAUUGGUGAUCGCUUCACUAAAGACCAUGAUCGCCCAAUAAGUAAAGUUGGCCGAAAAGAUGCAAUCAGUAUCUCCAGCAAGCUUCAGCAACUGGGCUGGAUACCUGAGCUCGUUUUGUCCAGUGAUUCCACCCGAACAAAGGAAACUCUUCAAAUCAUGCAAGAGCAUGCACAGGGAUUUUCUGAAGCGGAGGUAUAUUUUGUGCCAAGCUUUUAUUCUAUUGCAGCAAUGGAUGGUCAGACUGCUGAGCACCUUCAAAAGGCUAUUUGUGAGUAUUCAAGAGAUGAGAUCCUCACAGUGAUGUGCAUGGGGCAUAAUAGGGGGUGGGAAGAAGCAGCAUCAAUGCUUUCUGGUGCUACAGUAGAGCUAAAGACGUGUAAUGCAGCUUUGCUUGAAGCCACUGGGAACUCAUGGGAUGAGGCUUUUACACUGGCUGGCCUUGGGGGGUGGAAGCUGCAUGGAGUAGUCAAGCCUUAAUCUAUUGCCACAAGGGAGCGUUAUGUUUGGUAUGCUUCGGAGAUUAUUCUUCCCGGAGAAGAUUAUGACUGCAUGGGCUUUCCAAUUGAGCAUUACCCAGAAAUCUGGUGCACAAUGCUUCCCUAUCCUGUUUCAUAUUCCACUUUGAAUUCAUCGAAGACUAAAUGUAGAUCUAUAAAGAGGAAUUCUUGUGAGUUGCAGAAUAA